CAAAAUUAUCCAAAUAAAAAUUUCAUAUCAAAAUUAAAUUAAAAGCAAACGCGAAUUGUUUUCGGCCAAAUUGUUUAUGGAUUUGCUCGCAUUUUGAUUUUGUUUUAUGCAUUUCCGCUCUAACACGUUGCUGCAACAACGGCUGCCACAGCUGCCACAGCCAGGGCCAGUGCUGCCAGUGCCACUGCCUCACGUCGCAUCAACAGGCAGAUGCCCGAAUUAUUAACGAAAUGUUUGACAUGCUAAACAAUUAGUUGUAAACGCUGAAUUUGUCGACAGCCGAAAGAAUCACACAAAAAAUUAAAAGCCUUAAAGAGCCCAACAGCAAAAGCAACACAGGCGAAGCGAAAGAGCGGGAGAUAGAGGGAGAGAAAAUCCGAGAGAGAGUGACAUCUGAUAGCUGUACCUAGAGCUAUAACUAGGAAUUGAAUACGAUGCGUUUACAGCUGCUCGGGCUGUUUUGCCUGGCAUUAGGCGCAGCUCUGGCUGCUGCCUAUAACAACAACAGCAACAGCAACAACAACAACAACAACAACAACAACAACAACAAUGCCAACACACAACAGCAGCCAAUCUACACUUAUCUGACCACAUCGAGCACUUCCAGCCACAGGAAUGAUGCUCCAGCCAUGCAGCCGGCCAUUGUAUACGAGGCGUCUGUGCCAAAGCAGGAGACGCGACCCGUCAGCACGGCCAGCUCGACCACAGCGGAGGUGGCUUCAAAGAAAGUCAUCGGUUCCAGCGAUGCAGCGGUGCCCGCGGUGGCCGUCAUACUCGAUGGCAAUGAGCCGCAAUUUACGGAUGCCCUGGGCCAGAAGGUGCCCAAGCCGCAGCCAUCGCUGCAGGUGGCCAGCCCCAUUGAUCUGCUGAAUCCCGAUCGCUAUGAGUUCUACACGUUCGACGAGCACGGCGAGCUGGUUAAACGCCUGAUGACCAUGCAGGAAAUCCAAAGCAUUGUGGCCAAUGGCGAUGGCGAAGGUCCGUCGAUAAUUCAUGCGGCACCGCAGCAGGGCAGCGAGCCGGAGAAGAAGAUGCAGGACAUUGUGGACAAGGUGCAGCAUGUGCUCAACAAGCAGGUGGCCAGCAGCUCGUCGAAGAACGGCUCGGUGGAGGUGUUGCCCGUGCUGGAUACGCCCGAUGUCUCCUCGUCGUGGUCUCUCAUCUUGCCCGCCAUCUUUGGCAAUACGGGCGGUGACAUCUUCCCGCAGCAGAAGCCACAGCAAAUUGUUAUGACGCCCGAAUCGGAGCUGGUGGAGACCUCAACACGCACCACAACCACCACAAAGCGUGUGACCAAGAAGCCGAAGCCAUCGAAGCGCAAGCCAGGCACCAGACGCAAGCCCAGCACCACCACUGAGAUGACACCGCAGGUGGUGCAGGAGGACCUGGAUCCACUCGAGUCUGUUUACACGGGCAUUCAACAGUACCAGCAGGCGGCUGCCAAUAUGCCCGACUUCGAUGUCGCCCACAUGCAGCCCAUCUACCAGAAGUUGCCCAGCACCACUCGCAAACCGGAGACAACCACACGGCGAGUUUUCUACAACAAUCAGGAGAUUGUGCACACGCCCACCUCGUCAGGCAGUCCGCACAGCACCACUGAAAAGGUCCAGCAGGUGGCCAAGAAACCAGCCAAUGUGCAUCGCAAGCCCACCCAACCACAUCGUGUGAAGAAACCCAAUGGUGGUCAUGGCAGCACUAGCAGCACCACUCAUUCCACUGGUGGCAAGCAAAAGAUAAAGAAGAAGACAACCACACCAGCGCCCACCACUGCCGCUCCUUCCACCGCCGCACCCACCUCUGCACCCACCACCGCAACCACCAGUGCACCAAAUCCUGAAAGACCAGCAUCAGCAGCAGCAACAACAACCACUCAACCACCAGUAUCCACCACACAAAAGAAGAAGAAGCGCAAGCCCACCCGCACACCUGGACAUUCCAGCACCACCAGCAGCGGCGCUAAGCCGAACAAGCCCAAGCGUAAACCAACCACCAAGCCCAAACCACAUCAACCAGCCACUGCACAGGCAACUGCCACAUCAGCACCACAUCACCAAGAGGUCAGCACACAUAAGCCAGCGCGCCCACAUCGGCCACACAAGAAACCCAAGCCCAGUAGCCCCACCACAGAGACGCCACCAACGGCCUCAUCCGGAGCUCCUGAUCCAGAACCAACAUCCGGAUUGUUGGUGAGCACAACGCAUGGGGAUGCUAUAGAUCCUGUGCCAACCACAGCGGCUACAACCACCAGCACCACACCAAGCACCACAACGGCAGCACCCCCAAGCACCACCAGAAGACCCGCUUUGCAUCAUCAAAAGAUACAUGGCAAGCCCGCACAUGCGAGCACCACAACCACCACUACCACUACCACCACCACCACCACCACCACUAAACCACCAGCUGCGGAACAUCAUCAGAAAAUCCAUAUGAAACCUGUACACAAUGCGCUAGUCGCAGCCAUACCUAGCACAACAACAACAACAGCAGCGCCCACUACCAGCACCACCCAUGCGCCUGUCUAUCCCGUGCCCAGCUACGAUGCCGAAGCCACCGAAAACUUGCCCACAAUCGUUGCCCAGGACGAGGACAAGACGCAGCUGAAGAAGACGCCGUUGCCAUUGCCCUCGCUCGCCCUGCUGCAGCAGCAGCUGCAACAGAGUGCCACACCAUCGCCCGCACCACAAUUGUCGCCGGAUCAGAUACUAUCCAUGGACCAAAUCGUGCAGAGCUUGACGCAGGAUCUGCUAGAGGGCGAUCAAAAGGAUGCCAAUGCACCACCGGUCAAAUACGACAGCGCAGAUAGCAAGGAGCAAAUGGAAGCUUUGGCCAACAAAAAGAAAAUACCCGUUAGCAGCACCACAACAACAACAACAACAACAACCAGCACCACUAGCAAGCCAACAACAACAACCACCACGACCACAACCACCACAGCUAAGCCGAUAAUACCGUCAGCCAAUCCAUUGGCAGCCAACUAUGGCGGCAGCACCUUGGCCACCAUGUUGGAUGAGGAGGACACCAGCACCACUGAGGACCUAAACGAAUCCACCGAAACCACUGGCAAUAAGCAAACCACACUGAGCAGCAUGGAAGGUGAACAGACGCCGAUUGUGCUCAUAACCGCUAGACCACAAUACUUCACCACCAAUCAGGCCGCACCACAGUUGCAGCCACUGACCACGGUGCAGACAGACCCCACGCAGCAGGAGCCAGAGACCACCGAGUUGCCCAGCUACACACAGUUCCUGCAAACCACGCCCAUGGCAGCGGAUGACGAGCUCGAGGCAGAGGCAACCACAAUUCGGCCAUUUGAAGAAGUCAAUCAUGUGGUUAAGUUCGAGCCACUCUAUGCCGAUGUGCCCGAGGCUGUGGUCACGGAAUUGACGGAGCAACCCACAACGAACGGUUACUAUGAACAGUUCGAUGAUGAUGAGGCAACCACUGAGGCAGCACCACGUCUGCCCGUUACUGAGCGUGUCACCAGCACCACCAAUGCCGUUGAUGAAGACAGCACCGAGGUGACGCCCAUGAUAGCCAAUCUGGUGGAUCAGCUGAAUCUGCAGGUGCUGCAGCCAACCGAUCAGAUUCUGAUGUCCAAUUUCCAGACCCAAGCCGCCACAGUGGCAUCCACCCUGGUGGAUGGCAGCAAUACGCUAGUCGCCGAUGUCUACAUGAACUCGAAUGAGACCAAGGAUGAGCUGCAGUUCCUCAUGUCCGAUGUCAUACAGCAGAUCACUCAGCCCGAGAGCUACAAGCCAGUCAAUGAUGAUGAUGAUGAUAAUUCGCAUCGUCUGACCAGCUUUGCACAGUUGAAUACGUCUUUCCUCUUGCCGCCCAAGCUAGAGACGAGACCAAAACCGAAACCGAAUCCAGUGGUGGAGCAAAAGAUAACAAGCGCAACGGAAGAGCAGAUGCAGGAAAUCACAACCAUAAUGCCAGUCAGAAACGAGGAGGAAAAGGAGGAGGAGCUCAUCAAACAGGAAGCUGAUUACAUCAAUACGCCCGCACCUGAACCAGAGCAGCUGGAGAGCAGCACCUACAGGGUGCCGGUGUUGUCCUUGUCGCAAAUUUAUGCACAGCAGCAGCAGGACGAAGAUGAUGAGCAGCAAAUAUUUGAGCUGGAGCGACUGGAGCAGCUGAAGCCAAGCCAAGCUGCUGACAAACAGGAAGUCAGUGAGCAGGCGACAAAGCUGGAAGAGCAGCAGAAGGAAGAAAUGUUGAAGGAGGAGCAGCGGUUGAAGGAGGAGCAACGGCUGAAGGAGGAACAGAGGUUGAAGGAGGAACAGAGGUUGAAGGAGCAACAGCGGUUGAAGGAGGAACAGCGGUUGAAAGAGGAACAGAGAUUGAAGGAGGAACAGCGGUUGAAGGAGGAACAACUGAAGGAGGAACAACGGUUGAAAGAGGAACAACUGAAGGAGGAACAGAGAUUGAAGGAGGAACUGCGAUUGAAGGAGGAACAACGGUUGAAGGAGGAACAGAGAUUGAAGGAGGAACAGCGAUUGAAGGAGGAGCAACGGUUGAAGGAGGAACAGCGAUUGAAGGACGAAGAGCGGUUGAAGGAGGAACAGCGGUUGAAGGAGGAGCAACGGUUGAAGGAGGAGCAACGGUUGAAGGAGGAACAACUGAAGGAAGAACAGCGAUUGAAGGAGGAACAACUGAAGGAGGAACAAUUAAAGCAAGAGCAACUGAAGCUAGAACAGUUGAAGCAACAGCAGGAGCAAGAGCAGGAGGAGCAGGAGCAGCAGUCACAGUACCAGCAACAGCUAGCAACAACAAUAGCGCCAGCUGAUAGCUACGAAGCGACAACCAUCGAGCAGCUGCAGUCGGAGGAGAGCAAGGAGACCAACUCAGUUGAAGAGACGACAACAGCCAGCAGCAUCAGCAGCAGCAGCAGCGUGGAGCAGUAUCUGCACGACGAGAAGCCAGAUGCGCCGCAACGCGAGAGCGAGGAAGACCAGAUGCCCGAGAUGUUGACAAAUGGUUACAACCAGCAAGUCCAAACGGAAGCCAACGUUGAGCAAAUGGCGGCAACCACAAUGCAGGUGCCAGCAGCCGAGCAGGAGCAGGAGCAGGAGCAGGAGGAGGUGCAGAAGCUGGCAGCAACGGUGGCUGGGUCAACAAAUGUUUACCAGGACGCACAAGCGCAAGAACAAACAUCAAGCGAAAAGGAAGCUGAAAAAAGCGAAGAGGAUGCCAAAACAGAAGAGGAGCUGGACGAGCAGCAGCAAGAGGACGAGGAGCAGCUGAAGCAAAGUGUUGAGGAUAGCGUCACUAAUGCGGCACAGCUGCAGCCACAGUAUACGGCCCAGGCAUCUGAAGAGCAACACUAUCAAGAUAACGAGCAGGAGCAGGAGCAGACAACGGCCAGCGUUGAGUUGGUCACGGAAAUACCGGGUGACAUGUCCGUUGUUUCAUCUGAAUCGGAUAUGUCGCUCAGCUCGGAGCAGGUCACCGAAAAACUAGAGCUAAGCACUGUGCGCACCAUGGAGCUGAACGAGGAGGCACUGGAGGACAUAUCCGAUGAGCUGACAGCAACUUUGACCGAAGAGGAUACCACGAGUGCACAAAAAUAUCAACUGGACGAUGAGGAUCCCUAUGUCAAGCUGGGUGAGACGACGGCCAGCGUGGUGAAGCCACAGCAGUCGGAGCAAACGAAACCAGAGCAGGAGCUGUCUACAGAGAAGGCAGAGCAGACACAGCCACAGCAGAGCUACCAGGCUACAUUGGCUUUGUCCCAGGAAAAGGAAAAGGAAACGGAGCAGGAACAGGAAGAGGAACAGAACUCCGAGCAGGAGCAGAACUACAAAGUGACCUUGCCUCUAGCUAGCUAUGGAAAUCAGCAAGCUGAUGAGGAGGACGAAGAAGAUCAAAACGAUUAUCAGCUGCCCAUACUCCUGCCCAGCAGCAGCAGCAGCAGCAGUUCGACAACAACCACCACAAGCACCACAACGACAACCACACGAGCGCCCACAACGACAACCACCAAGCGACUGCACACACUGAAGCCCGUUUCGUAUUAUGUGCAGCCGUCGCUGCUCGGUGGCUACAAUCAAGUGGAACCACAGCCGCCGAAACUGCUCGCCUACAAUGCCAACAGCAACAGCCUGGCACAGCAGCAACAGUUGCUGCCAUCAUCGCAGCAGCGACCCAUGCAUCGACCCGCCUCGCUGACAAAUUUAAUGGCUGCAUCCACGCAGGCAACGCGUCCGCCAGUUAAGCUCGAGCCGAGUCCGCAGAGCUCCCAGGGCUUGGAGGCCUCCACUUCCCGUCUCGAUGAGGACGUCUUGUCCUUUGCACGGCUUUGCAAUGAGCUCGCGUUUAGCUACUGGAAGUCCAUCACCUCGGAAAAGAUAAGCUCAGCCAGAAGUCUGGUCAUCUCGCCGUUUGCGCUGACUUCAAUGUUAUCCAUGGUCUUCCUGGGCGCGCGCGGCAGCACCUCGGGCGAAAUGAAUGAGAUACUGAAACUCGACGAUAUGGUCACCUUUAAUCCGCAUUUGAUUUUCCGUAACAUCACCCAGUCGGUGGAGAGGUCCAUGGAGCAAGAAAUUGCAACUGCGGCGUUUGUGCGCGAAAUCUUCAGCGAUCGCGCGAAUGGCAAAAUCCUGCCCUUCUUCAAGGAGAAGACACAGCAGCUGUACGGCGGACAUGUGGAAGAGGUCAACUUCCAUGUGGUCAACGAUAUUGUCAGGCGUCGCACGAAUCUGCUGGUGAAACGUCACACCAUGGGCAAGGUUUUGGAGUACUUGCGCACGAACAGUGUUUGGGUAAAUGGCCCGUUGGCCACAGUUUCAGCCAAUCUCUUCCAGACAGACUGCUCCAAGGCAUCGACAACGGAUCGGGACGGUGAGAUGUUCUUCCAGGUGCAUCCGACGGUGCGUCAACGCCGACUGGUGCCCAUACCCGCCGUGCUCUACCGCUCCGGCUUUACGGCUGGCUACGAACCCAAGCUGGAUGCCACUGUCGUUGCCUUCGGACGCAUUCAGGAUACGGUGAGCACCAUCUACGUGAUGCCGGGACAUCAGAGUUCGGUGGCGCCCACGGAUAAUUUGGAUCGCCUGGAGCGCAAUCUGGUGGAGCUGGCCUUUGGUCAGGAUAAUGCGUGGAGCAGCCUGAUGACUUCGCUAAUGGAUCGGCCCGGCAUGGAGGUGCAACUGCCACGCUUCUCGCAUCGCUCGUUUGUCAAUGCCUCGCUGGGACUGCAGAAGAUGGGCCUGAAGGGACUCUUCAAAUCGGACUUUGCUGACUUGCGCGGCCUGACCGGAAACGGUAAUCGCGACAUCUUCCUCUCCGACAUGAUACAGAUCAAUACGUUCAGCACUUGCGGCGAGGAGAAGAUCUCCGAUCAUCAUCACGUAGAAAUGUACCCAGCACCGCCUCUACGCAAACGCAACAAGGAUGUGGAUGCAACAGACGACGAUGCCUACGAUUCGUCUGAGGCGAUCGUAGACUUUGGUUCAUUGGUGCAGGAGUCGGCAUUGGGUCGUGGCUUCUACGAUGACUUACUGGAUCCCAAGUACUUGGAGCUGCCUCUACCGCUGCGUCCGCGUCAGGCGCGCGUGCCCGAUGCGCCCAGACUGCGCUUCGACAAGCCCUUCCUCUACUUUGUGCGCCACAAUCCAACGGGAAUGAUACUCUUCAUGGGUCGCUUCAAUCCACGUCUGCUGCCAUGAACAAAUCAAAUAUAUAACGAAUUCCCCCCUACCCCCAGCCAGCCUUAAGUAAACCAAAAUACAGAUAAUAAAAAA